CGGUUCGGUCUGCUGGGCUUGGUUCGGCCGCUGCCGAACGAACCGCAGGCCCCACAGCAUUUCCGAAGCUCUGCGCAGGCUGGGUAGAUCCCACCUUUGGGUACAGUAGAGAAUGCGAGAGACCAAAAGAAAAGCACCAGCAACAGCAGCAGCAGCACCCAGCCAGGCUUGAAAGAAGACUAGUUGCCAGCUUCUCCCAGUUUUAGGGUUGGCGCAUGUACAAGUUAGUUCUAGCGAGUUUGAGAUGACUGACGACAGGAUUCCCCGGUCGUCAGGGUAGCUUCUACACCGCAUUCUCACUUGUCCAUGCGUUGUGCUAGGCGCGUCCAGCGCCUGGCUCCUCUGAACCGAACUUCCUGAAACCGUCCGUCCUCCGCUCGAAUGACGCGUUUCUAGCGGUUUACCCACGUGGGUCCUGAGCGUAAUUAGUCGUGUACUGUAUAGCCUCCUGGCUUCGAUCCGUGCCGUCCGCUCUCUCGUUGAUGGCGCGUAGGCCUGGCCAUAGCGGUCUUAUCUGUUUCCUGACUGCAGUUUACGUCAGCUCGUUGUUACCGUCCCCGUCUCUCGCGACCAACGCCGACUAUGCCAACCAAGACUCCGUGACCCCAACGGACAAGUGGAAGGAAUCCAAGCCGUUGCUGCCGAUCACCGGCGAAGCGCGCAACGCCACCGUCCGCUCCGGCCUCACCGCCUUCUUCCGCGUCCCCAGCACGUGCGGCGCCGCGUCUGGCGCCGCAUCUGGCGCCGCAUCUGGCGCCGCAGGAGUCGCCGCAGGAGGCGGAGACGGGUCAGGAGCAGGGACCGGGGGCUGGUGGAAUGCAGGGGGGGACACAGGGGCAGGGGGGAAUACAGGGCCAGGGACCGGGGGAGGGUGGAACACGGGGGUUGGGUGGAGCGGGGACGCAAAUGCAGGGGGGGGGCAGCAGCAGCGUUAUGUGAAUGUGGAAAUAUGGGGGCUGUUUGCUCCGGGCAACGACACGUCCGUGUUCUACUUGCCCAUGCUCAUGCUCAACAGCGCUGGCGAAGUGCCCACCGUGCUGGUUACCAACACGCUGCAGUAUCGCCUGGACGACCACACCAGCAUAGACUACCCCAACUUCCGGUCAGGGCAGCCGUACCAGCUAGUGAGUGUGCCCGAGGCCGUCCCCGUUGCAAACGGGUCCGUUAACGCGACGGAGCUGAUAGUGGGUAUCUUCAGCGACUCGUACAUCGCGGAGGGGCAGGACCUCGGCUUCUCCAUCCGCGCCUUCUGCUCCCAGGGCAGGGGGUGUCCGCUCAACUGCAGCGGGCGGGGCCAGUGCGGGCAGGGGGGCGUGUGCCAGUGCCCCAAGGGGUGGGGCGGCACUGCGUGCGCUGAUGUGGUCCACGAGAUCCAGUCGGGCGUGCAGACCCUCGCUCCGGGGCAGUGGGCCUUCUUCCAAAUCCAGGUCACCCAACCUCAAACGAAGCUGCUCCUCCAAAUGGAGCGGUCAGCGGGCGACCUGGUGCUGUUCGCCAAGCGCCAGGAGCAGGGCUUUCUCCCCUUCGGCAUGCCCACCGUCUUUGACUUCAACGACUUUGCUGACAUGGACUCCUUCCGCCAGCGCCUCGAUCGCCACCAAAUCGUGUGGAACCGCACUGAACCGGGCACCGUGCUGGUGGCGGUCCUGAACAAUGACGUGGAUUUGAGGGAGACGGGCACCUUCCGCCUGAGCUACAAGCUCGCCGUGGGGAACGAGGGCCGCGGGGUGUGCCCCUGGGACUGUGGUUGGCCGUCGGGGUUCUGCCAGGCGCUUGGGGAUGUGGGGGUGGAGGGGGAGGCGGCCACGCAGUGCGUGUGUAACCCGGAUUCGGCGGGUAUUUUUUGCCAGGGAGGGCUCCAGACAGCGGGGAUCAAUGAGCCAAUGAAGGGGGUGCUGGCGCCGGGCCACUGGACGUACGUGCAGUUCACGUUCGACCCCAACACCAACCGACAGAUCGUCAUCAGCUUCACACGGAAAGGAGGUCAAGCUAGUCUAGUGGCCAGACAGGGCGCGGUGCCCUCUUUACUGGAUAACGACUACCGGUUCACGGUGCGCGUGACGAACGACACGCUGGUGUCGCUGUUUGACGUGGUGAACUCGUCGCUGCAGGGGCCGUACACCUUUGGCAUCUUCAACCUCAACUACUACGUGCACCAGGACUGCGAGUUCGAGCUCGAGUUCCGAUACAAGGAAACCACCAGCUUCCUGGACUCGCCCUACAUCAUCAUCGUCUACGGCGUGCUCGCAUUGCUGCUACUGGUCCUCAUAGUCGUCGUGCUGCGCUGCGUCAUCCGCCGCCCGCCCCCCGCCACCGCUGACGUGGAGCUCUUUGCGUUCGGUGACAUGGACAGGCACGUGGAGGCAGUGCCGACAGGCGUGGACCGCGCGUUGGUGGAGACGUUUCCCCUCGUCAAGUUCAGAGACGACCUCUUCGAGUCCUCCGAUGACGCGCACUGUGCGGUGUGUCUGGCGGACUACGACGAACAGGAGAGUCUGCGAAAGCUGCCCGCCUGCAGCCACUACUUCCACGUGUCGUGCAUCGGGGAGUGGCUGCGCACGCGCUGCUCCUGCCCGCUCUGCCGCCGCUACGUGCUGCUGCAGCCAACACAGGCAGAGCCGGGGCAGGCGGAGCUGGGGCAGGCGGCACAGGCGGAGCGGGGGCAGGGAACACAAGCAGCACAGGGGCAGGCAGUGCAGGCUGACGUGGCACAUCCAACACAGGCAGAGCAGGUGCCAGCGGGUCAGUGUGACGAGAGCAGCGAGUGUGGUGAGCGGGGUGAGUCAGCGCACACAGAUGGGAGGCUAGCCAUGCAGUGGGUGCAGCAGGCGCAGGAGGAGGAGGGACAGCAGGUGCAGCGAGGGGGUUGUGGUGUGGCCAUGGAGGGUUGUGAGCUUAUACAGGGUGGUCGGGAGGAGUUUGCCAUGAGGGAGGAUGGUUGUGGGGAAGGUGUAUGUGACGAGCAGCAUGGGGGAGCACACUUGCAGUGGAAAAAUCAGCAGCAGCAGCAGCGACAGGAGCAGGAGGACGGGGAGAAGGGCGAGCGGGAAUGUGAGAAGGAGGGACUGAUGAGGCAAGAGGAAGAGGUUCAGCUGUUACAGCAGGGGUGUGGAAGGGACAAUGGGGUAAUCUAUAGCCAAGAGCCAGCUUCAGAAAGUUUGCUGAAUGGAGAAGCGGGAGGGCAACAUCAACGGCAUGGGGAGGGGAAUGCAGAGCAGGGAGAACAUGCGUGUACAAAAAAGGAUAGGAUAGGUUAGAAACAAAUCCUCCCACAAAUGGGUACGAGGACUAUUCGAAGAGGAUGCGAAUGCAACGGGUGUUGCAUGUGAAGAACCACUGGUUUGGAAGAUUCGUUAUUUUUCGUGUGCCUC